UUUACAUGUUUACACUUUUUGUACAAUUUUAUUGUGUAACUUGCAUACAUUUAUACACAGAAUUUGAGAAAAUUGUCCUUGAACGGUUGACUAAAUUGGACCAACUCGUCACAGAACUUCUACGACGAUCUGGCGGAAUUAACAUAUCAAUUCCUUCAAAAAUAAAACUGCACAAAAUACCUGUGGAGACGGUGGACGAGUUUCAGUCACUCAAUGCAUGGAUAAAGGCGGUGCCAGAGAAUCGUGAUUGUUUGGUCACCGAGUUGUCUUUAAUGGGUGCAAAUAGACUGUCUGGUGUCGUUAGCAAAAUUUUAGGUAAGGUUUUUGCAAAUAAUCUUGCGAAAAUCACUACUAUUACCGGAGCAGGGAAAGAUAUUGAAGUUGCUUUAAAGGAUGCGCCAAUUUACCAAGUUAUAAGAGAAUCGGUGAGGUUAACUAAGGGCUACAGUUCAUCGACGGACCACGAAAUUGGAAAUUCCGUUGCCGUUUGGUUGAAAGGUGCUGACGAUAGAGACGGCGGACGAGAAGUGAGACGAAAAAAUGCUCACGUCAAACCGAACAAAAAGAAGACGACGAAAGGAGGAAGUAACAUCUCUUCUCCAUAAUAUCGAUUGUUCCACUGCAUCAACAAUUCCAAUGUCCACAUCGUAUCUGACAGGCGAAUCAGUGUUAGAAUCUCCUAUAGUUGGUUUUGGAUCUAAUAAUUUAGAACAGUCACCGAGAUCAGAGAGUAACAGUUUUAGCUUUACCAGUUCUGAUAAUCAAAAUGACUCCCUCAAUUUAGAGCAGCCAGUAUUUUCUCAAAAGAUUAGGGAAUGGGCUUUGUCUCAUAAUAUUACGCAUGUCGCCUUAAAGGACCUUUUACAUAUAUUAACUGAAAAUUCCAACUUAGAUGUACCCCUUGA